UCCGCAGCAACAGAUUCGAACUCCAACAAAACCCAAUAGCACAACCCUAGGAGAAACAAAAAUUCCACCAAAAUGGCUGCCACCACCGUUCUACCCCAGGAUUCAAAGCCGCUGCCAUUCAUUCCGCAUGAAAUCAUUGUGAACAUACUCUCAAGCCUCCCUGUCAAGUCUCUGUUACAGUUCAGGUGCGUUUCCAAAUCAUGGCGUUCUUUAAUUUCAAGCCCUCAAUUCGCCAAAACCCAUCUCGAGGUAUCAUGCAGAAAUAAAGAUUAUGCUAACCAUGGCCUCAUUUUCAUCUCUACUUUCUCUCGUUAUUGUCUAAAAACUUGUUCUCUUCAAUCUAUAUUUUAUGAACCCUCUGUCACUGCUAUUGACUUGGAGUGUCCUAUGAAAAGACGAAAAGAUGGGAUUUCUGUUGUGGGUUCUUGUAAUGGAUUAGUUUGUAUUAUGAUCAAUAAUGAAAGCAUAUUUUUGUGGAACCCAUCUACGAGAGAAUCCAAGAAAUUGCCUGAUCAUGGCCUUACAUUGAAACAUGGUGAUGAUAUUACGUUUGGGUGUGGUUAUGAUGAGACUAGUGAUGAUUAUAGAGUGGUGGGGAUUUCUGUAGAUUUUUCUAAUUGGGACUUGUAUGAGAAUGAUGUCAAGGUUUACAGUUCAAGGACUGAUACUUGGAGGAGGAUCGGGAAAUUUCCUGCUGGUACUCAUGUAGUUUGCUGGGGUAAGUUUGCAGGUGGGGCACUCUAUUGGGCGUGGGGUAGUGAUAUGCAAUCGAGAGAUUGGACGAUUGUUUCUCUUGAUUUAGCUAAGGAGACGGUCAGGAAGAUGGCGCAACCCAACUAUGGAAAUGAUGAUGCUUAUUCGAUGUUAGGGGUUUUAGGAGAAUAUCUUUGUAUACUCUGCCAACAUGGAAAUCUUGCAGAUGUAUGGGUGAUGAAGGAAUAUGGAAAGAGCUACUCUUGGUCUAAAAUAGCAACUAUGUUAUCUUGGAUGUAUCCUGAGUUAUGUCAUCAGUAUGAAACACCAUUUUGCAUUUCAAAGGAUGGUACACUUUUGCUCAGUAUGAGGACAAAAGUAGGACUGUACAAUCCGAAGGAUAAUACGGUGAAGUAUCCUGAGAUUCGUAACUCUGGUGCAUGUUUUGUACACAAGACCUAUAUUGAAAGCCUAGUUUCACCCAUUGUGGACAGAGGGGCUGAGAGACAACAACAAUGACAAAGGAAACUAAUGGUAUAAUCAGAUUGUUGGUUACCCCUCCUUCUCUAUGU